AUGCUUGUGCAAAAGAGACAACUAAAGCGAUUAUUGAGGAACUUGACUGACGGUGGUUUCUUUUCGAUUCUUGUUGAUGAGUCUGCAGACAUUGCUGAUAAGGAGCAAAUGGCUCUUUGCUUGCGAUAUGUUAAUAAAAGAGGAGAAGUAAAUGAGAGAUUUCUUGGUAUUAUGCAUGUCGGUAAUACUACUUCUUUGACUCUAAAGGAUGCAAUAGAGUCACUGCUAAUGGAACACUCUUUAAGUCUAUCUAGUGUUCGAGGCCAAGGAUAUGAUGGGGCUAGUAACAUGCGAGGGUCAAUUAAUGGUUUGCAGACUUCAAUUCUGAAAGAAUCUUCAAGUGCUUAUUAUGUUCAUUGUUUUGCUCAUCAACUUCAAUUGACUCUUGUUGUUGUUGCUCAAAAGAAUAGAGAUGUUAGUUGGUUAUUUAAUUAUGUUCUUGUACCUUUGUUGAAUUUUAUUGAAGGUUCACCCAAAAGAAAAGAAAUUCUUCAAGAAAAACAAGUUGAAAUUGUCGUGCAAGCAUUGUCUUUGGGGGAAAUCGAAUCUGGAACAGGUUUAAAUCAAGAGCUUGGAUUAAGUAGGCCUGAAGAUACUCGUUGGGGAUCACAUUUCAAAACAAUUUUAAAUGUGAUUCAUUUAUUUCCUUCGAUUCUUGAAUCACUUGAUGCCAUUGGAAAAGUUUAUGAUAUGAAAGACAAGAAUAAAGCUGAGUCACUUACACACUUAAUGUUGUCGUUUGAUUUCAGUUUCGUAGCACACUUGAUGUUGUCAAUAUUUGAAAUUACAAAUGAACUAAAUUUGGCCUUGCAGAAAAAAGAACAAGACAUUGUAAAUGCAAUGUCCAUUGUUGAUGUAACUAAGAAAAACCUUCAAGAUUUGAGAGAGAAUGGAUGGGACGAUUUCAUGUAA